GGGCUCCGCGGCCCGGGCGCCCAGGCGGGGGAGGGUCGGGGUCGCUGGCGCGGAGGCAGCCCGGGCCCGGCUGCCCGCCCGGCUUUCGAAACUGGCCCCCGGGCCGGCCCCGAGGGUGAAGCCGUGGGGAGCAGGAAGGGCGCCCCGCAGCCCACCUGAGAGCGUCGGGCCCGGCUCGGGUCCCAGCCCUUGUAGGUGCCGGUACUUUUCCGCUUGGGGCCGGGGCGAGCCCUCUGACCUCAGGAAGCGCCAGCGGGGCCCCCGCUGGGGGCGGGAUGGCGAGAGAAUUCCAGAGGCGCCGGGUGCUCCCGCCUCCCCGCAGUCCUUCGGGGGCCGCCGCCGGCUCGCCCACUCCGCGGCUGGGGAGGGCCUGCGCUCCCGCCGGGGGAGGGGAGGAGCGGCUGUUCGCGAGGCGGAGGGGAUUAUUCACGGCCCGGGCCUCGUCCCCGCCCGCACACCUGAGCGGCGAGACACUCAGGUGCGGGAUCCGCGGGCGCUGGGAGGCUGGCUCAGGGCUGGAUGUCUGGCUGCCCAGCCAUUGCUCAGACCAGCUUUCCGGAACUUGGUCACCAAGGCAUCAUGGGGCUGUGGCUUCCAGGCCUGUCCGGGAACCCUAUGGACUCUGCCCAUCCAGGGUGAGGAGGAGCUGCAUUGUGGAUGCCUCCUGCCAUCAGCUGUCAGAGCCGGCAGCCCUCAUCCUCCCCACGCAGUCCUGCCCGUCUCGGUCCCAUGCCCCCGCCAGUCAGCCCCGGGCCACAGUCAGUGAGCAGGCACGCGGGAGCCGAGGCCCUGUGACCAGGCCAAGGAGACGGGGGCUCCGGGGUCCCGGCCACCUGUCCCCCCCAUGGAGCUGAGGCCCUGGUUGCUAUGGGUGGUAGCAGCAGCAGGAGCCUUGGUCCUGCUGGCGGCCGAUGUCCGUGGCCAGAAGGUCUUCACCAACACCUGGGCCGUGUGCAUUCCUGGAGGCCCAGCCGUGGCUGACAGUGUGGCACGCAAGCAUGGCUUCCUCAACCUGGGCCAGAUCCUCGGCGACUAUUACCACUUCUGGCAUCGAGCGGUGACAAAGCGGUCCCUGUCACCUCACCGCCCGCGGCACAGCCGGCUGCAGCGGGAACCUCAAGUACAGUGGCUGGAGCAGCAGGUGGCAAAGCGACGGACCAAACGGGACGUGUACCAGGAGCCCACGGACCCCAAGUUUCCCCAGCAGUGGUACCUGUCUGGUGUCACCCAGCGGGACCUGAACGUGAAGGAGGCCUGGGCCCAGGGCUACACGGGGCGUGGCAUCGUGGUCUCCAUUCUGGACGAUGGCAUCGAGAAGAACCACCCGGACUUGGCAGGCAAUUAUGAUCCUGGGGCCAGCUUCGAUGUCAAUGACCAGGACCCUGACCCCCAGCCUCGGUACACGCAGAUGAAUGACAACAGGCAUGGCACACGGUGUGCAGGCGAGGUGGCUGCAGUGGCCAACAACGGUGUCUGUGGUGUAGGCGUGGCCUACAAUGCCCGCAUUGGAGGGGUGCGCAUGCUGGACGGUGAAGUGACAGAUGCGGUAGAGGCACGCUCGCUGGGCCUGAAUCCCAACCACAUCCACAUCUACAGCGCCAGUUGGGGCCCCGAGGACGACGGCAAGACCGUGGAUGGGCCAGCCCGCCUUGCUGAGGAGGCCUUCUUCCGGGGGGUCAGCCAGGGCCGUGGGGGGCUGGGCUCCAUCUUUGUCUGGGCCUCUGGGAACGGGGGCCGGGAACAUGACAGCUGCAACUGCGACGGCUACACCAACAGCAUCUACACGCUGUCCAUCAGCAGCGCCACGCAGUCCGGCAACGUGCCCUGGUACAGUGAGGCCUGCUCGUCCACGCUGGCCACAACCUACAGCAGUGGAAACCAGAACGAGAAGCAGAUCGUGACCACUGAUCUGCGGCAGAAGUGUACGGAGUCUCACACAGGCACCUCUGCCUCUGCCCCCUUGGCAGCGGGCAUCAUCGCUCUCACCCUGGAGGCCAAUAAGAACCUCACCUGGCGGGACAUGCAGCACCUGGUGGUACAGACCUCAAAGCCAGCGCACCUCAAUGCUAACGACUGGGCCACCAAUGGUGUGGGCCGCAAAGUGAGCCAUUCGUAUGGCUACGGGUUACUGGACGCAGGUGCCAUGGUGGCUCUGGCCCAGAACUGGACGACGGUGACCCCCCAGCGGAAGUGCAUCAUCGACAUCCUCACUGAGCCCAAGGACAUCGGGAAGCGGCUGGAGGUGCGGAAGACUGUGACCGCCUGUCUGGGGGAGCCCAGCCACAUCACGCGGCUGGAACACACUCAGGCGCGGCUCACCCUGUCCUACAACCGCCGCGGUGACCUGGCCAUCCACCUGGUCAGCCCCAUGGGCACCCGCUCCACCCUGCUGGCCGCCAGGCCGCACGACUAUUCUGCAGACGGGUUUAACGAUUGGGCCUUCAUGACGACCCAUUCCUGGGACGAGGACCCCUCUGGCGAGUGGGUCCUGGAGAUUGAAAACACCAGCGAAGCAAACAACUAUGGGACACUGACCAAGUUCACCCUCGUGCUGUACGGCACGGCCCCCGAGGGGCUGCCCACACCUCCUGAGAGCAUCGGCUGCAAGACCCUCACGUCCAGCCAGGCCUGUGUGGUGUGCGAGGAAGGCUUCUCCCUGCACCAGAAGAACUGUGUCCAGCGCUGCCCUCCAGGCUUUGCUCCCCAAGUCCUCGACACGCACUACAGCACCGAGAACGACGUGGAGAUCAUCCGGGCCAGCGUCUGUGCCCCCUGCCACGCCUCGUGUGCCACGUGCCAGGGGCCAGCCCCCACAGACUGCCUCAGCUGCCCCAGCCACUCCUCCCUGGACCCUGUGGAGCAGACGUGCUCCCGGCAAAGCCAGAGCAGCCGUGAGUCUCCGCAGCCACAGCAGCCACCUCGGCCGCCGCCCGCGGAGGUGGAGGCAGAGCCGCGGCUGCGGGAGGGGCUGCUGCCCUCGCACCUGCCCGAGGUGGUGGCCGGCCUCAGUUGCGCCUUCAUCGUGCUGGUCUUCGUCACUGUCUUCCUGGUCCUGCAGCUGCGCUCGGGCUUCAGCUUCCGAGGGGUGAAGGUGUACACCAUGGACCGUGGCCUCAUCUCCUACAAGGGGCUGCCCCCCGAAGCCUGGCAGGAGGAGUGCCCGUCCGACUCAGAAGAGGACGAGGGCCGGGGCGAGAGGACCGCCUUUAUCAAAGACCAGAGCGCCCUUUGACGAGCGCCUACUGCCCGCCCCUUCGAGCCCAUCCCCUCCUGGGGUACUUUUUAAUUCACCAAAGUAUUUUUUUAUCUUGGGACUGGGUUUGGACCCCAGCUGGGAGGCAAGAGAGGCAGAGACGGCUUCCCACCCUACCCUUGGGCCCCCCGGCUGCCUGAGGUGGGACCCCAGGACCAGCUGGGGAGCAGGGGAGGGCCUCUGCCCACCCCCAGCACGCCUGCGUGUGGAGAAAGGAGUGAAACCUUUAGGGCAGCUUUCCGAGUUCCAGGUCCCAGCCAGAGUUCCCUGCGGAGUGAAGAGGGGCAGCCCUUCCCUUAUGGGAUUCCUGACCCGGGCUGCAGCUCUCUCCCCUUCCCUGUUCCUCUAAAGCAAUAAUGGUCCCCAUCCAGGCAGCAGGGAGGCUGGCCUAGGGGGUAUUUGAAGGAGGAGGCCACCUCUCUAAGGGCUUUUGCAUCCCUGACCCUGUCCCCCACCUCUGGUGAGCCUCGGGCGGAAGCAGUAAGCAAAGGAAGGGACCAAGGCAAGGCAGGCACUUCCAGGGUGCACACGUGUGUGCACACAUGUGUUUGUCCCUUUGCCCACCUCCACUACAGCUGGCUGCCUGCUGAGCGAGGCUGGCCCGGCCCCGUGCUGGUGUGCUGACCACCCUCCCCUCUCUGGCACCCUCUCCUCCUGCCAGGGCCCAAGUCCCUGUUUUCUGAGCCCGGGGCUGCCUGGGCUGUUGGCACUCACAGUCCCGGAGCCCCUGGGUGGGUGGUGGGGAGGGACGGUGGCCCAGCCGGCCUCUCCCGCCUCCCACCCGAUGCUGCUUUCCCCUGUGGGGAUCUCAGGGGCUGUUUGAGGAUAUAUUUUCACUUUGUGAUUAUUUCACUUUAGAUGCUGAUUUCUUUUUUUUUUUUUUUUUUUUUUUUUUUGGUAUUUUUAAUGGAGGUAGCAGCUGGACCAUCCACCUUCCCACACCCACUGUCCACCCUGCUGUUCCCCCCGGCUGCCCUGGCCCUGAGGUGUGGGGGUCUGCAGCGUGUUGCUGAGGAGUAGCUGAGCCCCAGGUCCUGAAGAGGCAGGCCAGGCCAGGCGGGCCCUAGGAAAGGAGGAGUACAGUAGAAGGGGCAGGCUGUCGUCCAUUUCAGAUGGGGCUCCUCGUGCCAAGGGCUCAUGGGUCACUGGUUCUCCAAGUGCCAGGGGUGGGCAGGCAGUGGCACUGAGCCCCCCUCCAACACUGUGCCCUGGUGGAGAAAGCACUGACCUGUCCUGCCCCCCAAGUCCCCCUCUUCUGACGUGCCUUUUGUACCCCUCCCAUUAGGACAAUCAGUCCCCUCCCGUUUGGGAGCCCCCUUUUCUUUCUCUCCCCUAGCCUCUCCUGGCACCCAGCCACCUGCCCAGGGGUGCCCCCACCUCUCCCAUCCCCCCCAACCCUUGUGGCCAGCCCAGCUGGUUUUGUAAGAUACUGGGUUGGUGCACAGUGAUUUUUUUUUUUUCUUGUAAUUUAAACAGGCCCAGCAUUGUUGGUUCUAUUUAAUGGACACGAGAUAAUGUUAGAGGUUUUAAAGUGAUUAAACAUGCAGACUAUGCAAACCAG